UUAUGUGGCGUUUGGGUGUUUUGGAGUUGUUUGGUUUUUUCUCUCUUUCGGGGAGAGUACGGCUGGGCUGGGUGAGGGGAAGGAAACUUUCUCCCCCCCCCCAGGAUGCUCCGGAUAUUUUUGAAAGGGCGGAAGAGUGAGAAAGCGAGCUGCGUUUGUAAGGGCAUCUCAUGCUCUUGAGAAGGUCCCCCUGACACCUCGCUGCUGGGAUUAAAGACCGGAGCUGGAGAAACUCCUCCCCUUCCCUCUCCUUCUCCCAUCCUCCCCCCUCCUGCCGGCUCCCACCUUUUACUCCCCCCCCCCCCCCCAAUUUCCUAAGGCCAUUAAAAAAGAAAGAAAAAAAAAAGGGAAAUAAAAGAAAAUAAGAGCCUGGAGUAACAGCAACUGCGGCCGGUGGGACGGUGGAGAGAGGUGGAAGAGGAGCCUCCCUCUCCAGAUCCACCGCCCAGCACCACGCCGGGGUGAAGGGAUGGGAAGCACUGCCAUGGACAAGAAGAAAGAUGCAUCCAGCAGCAGCAGCAGCAGCAGCAGCAGCAGGAAAAGCUCCAGCCAGAAGAAACUCAUGUUGCGAGUGCACAUCCCCGAUCUCAGCUCAUUUGCCAUGCCAUUCUUGGACGGUGAUGUGGAGAGCACAGACAAAAAUGCUUCUCGCAAGGUGGAAGAAAGCUACUCCACCGGCAGCCCUUCCAAAGGGCUUUUCUCCAAAGGGCUCCAGAACCGACCUUCCAGCCCCGUUUCUGCCCCUGUGAGAUCCAAACAUAGCCCUGGCUCUCCCAAAACAGUGUUCCCCUUCCCCUACCAGGAGUCUCCCCCACGCUCCCCACGCCGAAUGAGCUUCAGUGGGAUCUUCAGGUCCUCCUCCAAAGAGUCCUCCCCCAAUUCUAACCCGUCUACCUCUCCUGGGGGCAUCAAGUUUUUCUCCAGAUCAAGAAAAAGUAAGAAAUUGCUCAUGUUAUUUCAGGAAGAUACACGGUACCUCUGGGCUUGGCCCAUUCUUUACCUGCGGUAGUGAACCUCUGGCCUCUCCUCUUCUCCAUCUACCCCAACACAAGUGACCAAGCAGCCCACGUUUCCUCUUGAAUCCUAUAAGCAUGAGCCUGAGAGACUAGAAACACGGAUUCAUUGUUCUUCGCCUCCGGACACAGGGCAGAGAUUUUCUUUGCCUCCAUCUCAAAGUGCAGCCAAGCCUCCUAUCAUGACACCAGCUCCCUGUGCUACCUCAAAACCAGCGGCGGCAGCGGCUCCGGCUCCGUCUCAGCUCCCGGCCGCCUCCGAAGGGAUGCUGGAGAAACUAGAGCUCGAAGAUGAAGCACUUGAAGAAUCGGAAAGUGACAUUUAUGUGCGAUUCAUGAGGUCACACAAGUGUUAUGACAUUGUUCCAACAAGCUCUAAGCUUGUUGUUUUCGACACUACGCUACAAGUAAAGAAAGCCUUUUUUGCCUUGGUGGCAAAUGGUGUAAGAGCAGCUCCACUGUGGGAGAGUAAAAAACAGAGUUUUGUAGGAAUGUUAACAAUUACAGAUUUCAUUAACAUACUGCAUAGAUACUAUAAAUCUCCAAUGGUUCAGAUUUAUGAAUUAGAGGAGCACAAGAUAGAAACCUGGAGGGAGCUUUAUUUACAAGAGACGUUUAAACCUUUAGUGAACAUCUCCCCAGAUGCAAGCCUUUUUGAUGCUGUAUAUUCAUUGAUCAAAAACAAAAUCCACAGAUUGCCAGUUAUAGAUCCAGUCAGUGGAAAUGCACUUUAUAUACUUACCCAUAAAAGAAUCCUCAAGUUCCUCCAGCUUUUUAUGUCAGAGAUGCCAAAGCCUGCCUUUAUGAAGAAAAAUCUGGAUGAACUUGGAAUAGGAACUUACCACAACAUUGCCUUCAUACAUCCAGACACUCCUAUCAUUAAAGCCUUGAAUAUAUUUGUAGAGAGAAGGAUAUCGGCAUUACCUGUUGUGGAUGAGUCAGGAAAAGUUGUAGAUAUUUAUUCCAAAUUUGAUGUAAUAAAUCUUGCUGCUGAAAAAACUUAUAAUAACCUAGAUAUCACGGUGACGCAAGCCCUACAGCACCGUUCUCAGUAUUUUGAAGGUGUUGUAAAGUGUAGUAUGCUGGAAACACUGGAGACCAUUGUGGAUAGGAUAGUGAAGGCUGAGGUUCAUCGUUUGGUGGUAGUGAAUGAAGCAGAUAGCAUUGUGGGUAUCAUCUCCCUGUCUGACAUUCUACAAGCUUUGGUACUCACACCUGCAGGUGCCAAACAAAAGGAGCCUGAAAGUGAAUGACUGCGGUGAAUGUAUGCACAUUUGUAGGAGAACUUGAACAAAGUUUCCGGGUCAAGUUUGUCUCAAGAACAGUGACUGCAAUAGAACAGAGCAGGAUGGUUGAGAAUGUGUAUUGGGACUUAGUGAUGGAUGAUGAGUCUAUUCCCCCCAGUGAUGUCGCAAAAAAAGCAGCAUGACAAAAGCUUAUGUUAAAAUGUAGGCUUGUAUUUCAAAACGUCUUCAAAACAUUUGCUGGAAGACUUCACAUGAUGUCCUUCAUUAAAAUGCACUGUAUUCUGAAACUUUUUCAUUUUGUAUUUGACAGAAGUCACUGGUCAGCAAUGGAUAUAUGUGACAUAAGGCAAGUGUAUGGCAUAUUCAUAUCAUAGUGCCUUAUGUCAAAAUACAGCAAUAUGUCAUCACUGUUGCCCAUCACUGUCAAAGGAAGUAUUGUGCUAUACGAGACACUGUAUUUGAAUGUGAAAGUCUUUAAACCUAAAACCAAAUCAGUUUCAGUUCUCAUUAGAUUUGUCAUAAAAGCUGUAAUUUGAAUAUCGGUAGACUUCUUUCAAACUUCAAUGACAGUUUUGUGUUAAAUGUUGCAUUCUGAACCGAGAUGUAAAACAAGACUGAUUUUAAAAACGGCUUUAUUUAUUUUUACUUUCAUGACAAUUUUUUACACAUCUUUGGUGGAUAGCUAAAAUUUCACCAUAUCCAUUAAUAAACUGUUGAUUGUUAUACAAACAAGCGGUAGAUCUUCUCAUUAUUUAAAACCUUGGAGGUGCAGAAGCUGUGGCCUGUUGAUCAGUCCGUAUUACUUGAGCUCAAGAUCUCAGAAGCAUGGAUCCAAAGUGCUCUGUACUGUAACACCCAGGCACCGUGGAGGAAACGAGGUGCCACAGAACAAGACUUUCAUCUGUAUUAAAGUGUAAAACAAUGUUUGUACACAAAAACUUCUUACUGUAUAUGAUUUGUACAGAAGCAGAGGAGCGAGGAAAGCUGUGGGGUAUUUGCUCAUUUGUAAAUGUACUGUAAAGUUUGAAGAUGAGACUUUUAUAACUGUAGAUCCUUGUAGAUGGAAGAAAUUAAACCCUACAACAUCA